UGAGUUUUCUUACUGAGGAGCUAAAGUAUUCUUUGGGUCCGAAUGGAAAUAUUUCAUGCUGUCGGUGACAAAUGUCAAGCUGCUUAAAAUCUUUGGAUUUUAAAAAACAACAACACAUUUUUGGGGGUUACAGGAAAGGAAAAACUGAAGCCAUUCACCUACAGUCACCCCAAGUUAAAGAAACUGGAAGAGGUUGUCGUGGAACACUUCAGAUCCUGGAAGGAACAGGGAGACCAGAGGCCCGGGCCGAAAGCCAACCCGCCGAUACCCGAGUCAUGAUCUUCUCCUCUUUCCGCGACAGCGUGUGCGAAAUCGCAGAGAUGUUGAAUCGGCUCCACCCCAUCGUUCGGGUGAUGACUUUUGUGGGGCAUUCGACGGGGAAGAACGCCAAAGGCUUCACGCAGAAGGAGCAGCUUGAGGUGGUGAAACUCUUCCGUGCCGGCGGAUACAACACGCUGGUCUCCACAUGCGUAGGAGAAGAGGGGCUGGACAUCGGAGAAGUGGAUCUCAUCAUCUGUUUCGACGCUCAGAAAAGUCCAGUUCGUCUGGUCCAGCGCAUGGGUCGAACUGGGCGCAAGCGGAAGGGCCGCAUAGUGGUCAUCCUUUCAGAAGGACGGGAAGAACGAACUUAUAACCAGAGCCAGUCAAAUAAAAGAAGCAUCCUCAAGGCCAUUUCUGAAAGCAAAGGGCUCCACUUCUACCAGCACAGCCCACGGAUGAUUCCCGAAGGCGUCAAUCCCACGAUGCACAGGAUACUGGUCACACCGCCGGAACGUGAGCCAAGCCCUUCCCCACCCGGCCCUACGGAGGGAAGAGCCGUCGCCCUGCAACGGAAGUGGCUUCCUGGUUACGCUGGCACAG